AUGGUUAAAGCUUUGAUUGUCCUUUCUUCAUACAACGGCCCUCUCUACGACGAUGGUGCCAAAACCGGUGUCUUCUUUGUGGAGGCAUACCAUCCAUGGGAGUACUUCCUCAAGAACGGUGUGGAGGUGACUUUCGUCUCUGAGGACGGUACAUUUGGCUGGGAUGAGCACUCCAUCAAUGAAUCUUUCUUGCAAGGUGACGACAGAAAGGUGUUUGAGGACUCCAGCUCCGAUUUCAACCAGGCAGUGAAGGUGGUGAAGAAGGCCUCGGAGGUCAAUGCCUCGGACUAUGACAUAUUCUUCGCUGCUGGUGGCCAUGGUGCUACUUUUGACUUUCCUAAGGCCCAGGGCUUGCACAAGUUGGCUGCUGAUAUCUAUGCCAGUGGAAAGCCUGUUUCUGCCGUGUGCCACGGUCCAUUGAUCUUUGACAACUGGAAGGACUCGAAUGGUGACAUUAUCGUCAGAGGUAAGAAGGUCACUGGUUUCACCGACGAUGGUGAAAAGCAGCUUGGUCUUUCCGACACUAUGAAGAAGUACCAGUUGCUCACUCCAAGGGAAGCUGCUGAAAAGAACGACGCUCUCUACGUGGACCCUCCAACUCCAUGGGAGUCCUUUGUGGUUGUGGAUGGUAACUUGGUCAGUGGUGUUAACCCUGCCUCUGCCAUUGAGACCGCCCAAAAGGCACUUGAGGUUAUCUCCAAAUAA